UUUGAUCCCGCACGAUAGUGCUGGCUGAACUGCCAUUCCGUCCGGUUGUGUCGUUCAUGGACUUUUUUUGUCCGAUUCCAUUGCGUUUGCGUUACCCCGCGUGGCCUAUGUCGUCCGAGUCAGAAGUGUGUGAGAGUUGAAAGGACUCCUCGUUGAGAAAUCCGGUUUUUCGGUUGUUACUGAGUGCGUUCGGAAUUCCGUCGCACGCCCCUCGGAGUUACCUGCCUAUCCCGUGUCAGUUUUUAAUCAUUUUGGAUGAAUAGUUUUUACCCCUGGAUGACUAAUACCUAGAUGGUGUGCGGUGUCCACAUCGUGGAUUAUCACGUAAGCUCGCAAAAUUCUAUGGAGUUUUUCGCAGUGUAAUCGCGGUCGAGACUGCUCAGAGCCAGCAUGCAGCACAGCAAACAGUGUUGAAGUUCGCCGUCAUGUGAUGUAUUAAUAGAAAUUCUCGGUUCUUUCGCGGCUUGUGUGCUCUCUACUUGCCGUAUGGUAACUCGGUAAAGACGACGGACGCGAUCGAAGACCAACGAUUGGGACCGUGAACCAAGGUCGGCUUCGAUCCGAUCUCGGAAAGCAAUAACGAAACGAACUCAGUGAAAUCAUACCUCAUCAUGUAGACAACCUAAGCAGUGGAAAACCGGCAAAGAAAUAAAAACGAUCGUUAAAGUGUGGGGCGCAGAGACCACCUUGCCAUCGAAUAAGUGAAAAAAUAAUUGCAUUAAUUCAAUAUCGCUACCGAACGAGCGGUGGUGCAGUCCACCACAUUGCCCUUCAACAUGUGACGUGGAGCGCCGCCAUGUUGUACGUGUGAGUGCAUGAGUAAAAAAAUCGAGAUAAUCGCACUGAUCCCUAUCCAAAAGUAUGACGUCAACGACAUCGACCACCAGCAACAGCAACGAGAGUGUUCCAGUUUGCACCAACAACGACGCCUCCUCUUCAUCAACGGUCCCGAGUGAUGAAGAAAGUGCCAUCGAAUACUCGAUCAAUUCUUUAGAUCAACAGAGUCGUCAACAAUCCUCUACCGAAGCCGAAGAUGCCUACAAUACUCUAUUCUCCGGAAGAAGCAAAGCCUUUUCGGGGGAUAUCCUCAACAGUACUCCGCUCCAUUCGCUGGACCUCUUUGGUAGUGGUUCCGAAUAUAUCGGAGGCUUACUGAGUCCGGCUGCCCUCGCGUCAUCGCCUCCACCGUCUAUUUCGAGUUGCCCGAGCGAUUCCAGCUACGGAUUCCAGAAUACCUACGCCGUUUUAGAGCGGCAGCUGGCGAGUAAAGCUUCAGCAGCUAGACAGCUUCGCGAGUUCCUCAAGCAUAGCGACCUCAACAAAACGCCAGUAUUCAGCAGCGAUGCGACGCCCCUCUCGUUGGCGGCUCGUGACUAUAGUGCAAAUUAUCUAAGUAGUAUUAGCGAAGAGAGCGAUUCGUUAUCCUCGCGGCGUACUUCGUCCACUACUCAUCCGGAUGACGAAAUCGAUGCUGGGCCGCCGAGUUUCCUGGAGCUGGAACUUGAGGCUUCCAGUAGACUGCGGAAGCUCAAGGAACGUCUCGGUGGAAGUUUGGCGUCUAUCGAUGGAGCUACGGGAGAAGACAAAUCAACUGUGGAGUCCCCUAUGGUGGAGGCAUUGUAUGGGAUCAGUGCGGAAAGUUUAGCUAAAUUGGCGACUGGACGAGUACAUCCCAAUCCGGAUGUAUUCCUACCGGCCGGAACUGCGUCCGAAGAAGAUGAUAAAACCAGUCAAUCCGGAGAGUAUCCGGAGUACAUUUACCACGUGGCAAAGGGGAACGAUGGCCGGAUGUAUUUGAAAGUGGUUCGAAGUCUUCUGCUGGAUAAAGUCCUAUGCGGUAAUCGUGUAAGCCAAAUGACCCGCGCGUACGAUGACAUAGAUGCCGUAACGCGCCUGCUAGAGGAGAAGGAGAAGGACCUGGAGCUGACGGUGCAAAUCGGGAAGGAACUGCUCACGCAGAAUACGCACCUCGAGAACCGGGUAGCCGAGCUGGAGCAGGAGCUGAAGAACACGAACGAAAACCUAGCGCAGCUCGCCCACGAGCUGCACCAGAAGAACGAGCUGAUCGGGAUAUUGACCAACGAUGUGGACGACAGCAGCGAGAAUGUCACACCCACCACGUCCAAAUCGGUGAACCUGGAACUGUUGCAGCGAAAGGUCAAAUCGUUGGAAGACGAAAACAAGUCGUUGCGCUCGGAAGCCGCCCAGCUAGUCCAGGAAACCGACGAAUGCGAGGAGCAGGAGCGAAGGCUGAUGGCCGACAUCGCGAACCAGCUCAGCACGGCCAACAGCGAAUUCGAUGGACUGAAUUUGGAGCUUGAAAGACUGAAGGAAGAGAACCGACUACAACAUGAGCAAAUCAUUAGCCUUACGGGUCGCCUAUCGGAGGCUGAGAUCCGGUUGCAUCAGCUCACUACCGAAAACGAGGAAGCGUCGUCGUUGCUCAGUAUUACCAAAGAGAACCAGAACCUGCUGGCUGGCGAGCUAUCGGAGUUCAAGGCACGGUAUCAGGAAGUCCUAAAUCUACUGCACGAUGCGCAAGAACAGUUGCGGCGCCAAAGAAAACGUUCCCAGCCCAUGGCUAGGAGUACACUGAUACCGGGUUUGACUGCUCCCGCACCGGAUUCGCUUCAGUCGGAAUUGAUGGAAACCUCGCUGUAUUCGGAGCACAGUCUGGAUUCCGGUAUCGCUUCGGAACGAGGAGGUCCGCUGCACCAACCAUCGUACAAAAAGGUCUUUGAAACAGUGCGUUCUGCUACGCGGGCCAACCCGACUGGUUUCAGCGAUGGCUUUUCGCAUUUGGGAUCUAUGACGAUGAGUUCUUCGUCACAACCACGUAUGGCACCUUACGUAUUCCCCGGCACUGGAACCACGACUACGCAUUCGUACAAGAGUGGUUCCUCUAUCUAUAGCACAAUGUACGACAGUUCCCUAGGUGGUCGAUCAUUCUCACGUGAGAGCUUAGUUUCCGAAUCAGAAGAUGGAUACCCGGGAGCAGCACAAGGUCCUGGUGCACCUGGCGCCAAAGACCUGGAAGCAGCUCUGAAACGACUGACACCGGCCGAAGUGCUGGCUCGCAGAGCUAUGCUGCAACAUGCGCCGGCAGGAACCUACAGCUACGACGACCAGCCAAGUGGAAUUCCGUUGGGAUGUCGCACACCGGACAGUAUCAUGUCCACCGGAUCAUCUGGUCUGUCCGGUAUGUCUUCGAACCAAUGGCGUCUUCCGGAAAAACUACAAAUUGUCAAACCCAUCGAAGGAUCCCAAACUCUGCAUCACUGGUCGCGGCUAGCUACCCCGACUCUCAGCGGCCUAUUGGAAGAGCGCCCUGGUGUCACAAUCCGCGGUGGACGCGGACUGGAGGACCUUGGCCUGCAGACCUACUCCCUAUCGGAUGUAGAAGAAGACGCCGAAGAACAACCCGGCAAGCGCUUCCAAUCGUUCGGUUGUACUUACACCUUCACCAACAGUACCGUGAUGCAUCCGGAUGAUGGCACCACGGCUGUAACGUUUAGCCUUCCACCGUCGCAAAUGUCCUCACAGAUGGCGUCAGAGUGUCCCUCGCGGCAACCGUCCGCGCCGUCCACACCGCGAACCGGUCUAUCGCGAAGGAAUUCCUGCUCGACGUUUUCGGUCAACUUGGGAUUGGCAUCGAUGCUGAACGAACGCGGAAUCAAGGCUGUGACGCCCAGUGCGCUGAACACGCCCGCCGGUCCAAACUUUUCGCCCACGGUCACGCCGUGCAACAGUCCCGAGGGUUCCCCAACACGUUCAAUGUCACCAGAACCGCCGCUGCUGUCAGGACUGCUUGCUUCCGGGGCCGAUAUCCUUCGUAAAAAGUUCGCCGUUGCGUCAUCGUCUAGCGAAAUGGAACGUCCAUCUCGGCUGACGGCGCGCAACAAGCUGGCCCUAUCGCGACUGGAGAAGAAGGCACUGCGUUCGAUCAAAAUCAUGGAAAAGGUUGAGAGCAUGGGAGUGGAUAAUUUCAUGCCCCACGCUGGGCACGGGAUUAGUCCUCUGGCUCUGCACAGUUCCUCCGCGCUGUACACAUCGACGGUUCGAGGUCGCACGUCGAGUCCGAUGGCACAGUUGACUAGUUUGAAGCACCUGCAUGAUGGCCGCAUGAAGCAACCCCACCACCAACACCAGCAGCAUCCGCAUGGAGAGGGUGGUCUUUUGAUCGAUAAGGAAACGAUCAAGGCUGUCCUCAGCAGAGGCCUGUCGCACGAUAGGAAUGCCUCUUCAGGAUCUAGCGAUGCCUCCGGAUCAUCGUCGGUGGCAUCGGGAGCCUAUGCGGACAGUGAUAGCGGAACUUCGUCGAUAAGCGGUGCUGCCGUCGUAAAACCAACUGUUUUAGCCAAGAAGGUAACAACGACGGAGCACAAGUCGGCGGAUGGAACGCCUACGCCGGCCACGGCAGCCCGCCUCAAGCAGAUGCAGCGACAAAAGAGCCGACGAAAUCUUCUGAACGGUGCUAACGGAUCCCAGCGGCCCGACCUCGGAACGGUCAACGGGUCGAGUAGGCCCGCCGGUGUGCGACCCGAUCUCGGUACGGUAGGUGGUAGCAAUAAGUCGAAGAGCAAUAAUAGCAAGAACGAGGCGGCCGCCGCUCCGGUAGCACCAGUUCCGGAGCAGAGUCGCUCGUUAGGACAAAGUGUGUACGGUACGAUCAGUUCGCUACUGUUUGGACGCAAGGGAGGACUCCUGUAAGAAAAAAGAGCACAUGAAUCACACAUACACGCAUGGUAUUUAUCACUUAACGUGAUUGUGGUAAAAAAAAAUAUUUUUUAAAUUCUUCAUCAUCGUUUUAUGGCGAUCGGAGCACGUUUUCAUUUAUACUUUUUGUGUGUACGUGAAAGUUACGACACAUUUACCUGACUGUAAGUGAACCAAUUAGUUAUUCUAAUUUUCUAUCCAAUAUAUAAGAUUGUAAGCAUUCAAAUCGCUCUUAUUCGGAACGUAUUUUCUACCACAAAACAACCAGAAUCAGUAUCAUCAAAAAGUACUUACAAAACCGAGAGUAGAAAUAAAAUAGAAUACAAAUUUCUAACCCGAGAGUAAUAGAUUUUAAUAGGAACAAAUUUAGUGUUUAGUUUGAUUGCUUUGCAUAAGAAUAACCAAUUACCAGCAAUUUGCACACACUUAGCAUACACAACACACAAAAGUUACAGACACAUUCCAGCGGCACACGAUGGUCGAUAAUUUGUAGAUUAGAUUAUGAUAGAUUGUAUUUGAUUUCUUUCACCAACCUUUUUCAUUCAAAAUUCUUAAAUUGAUUCUUUACGUUGUUCUUCUUCUCUAAAACUAUCAAUUUAUUUGCAUUUCUGAUAAAUUCGCAAUAAGUUAACUGCCAGUUAGAGCUUAGAGUUUUGCUUUUCAUUUCUACAAAAAAAAAACAUUUCCGAAGCAGGGCGAUUUGAUAUUACAACUGAAACAUCCCACACUGAAGAAAAUCGUCACGUGCUACGCACACUGGUAAUCGAUCGAAUCAGAAAAAAGUGAAAGCUAAAUUAUUCGAGUGUUUCUAGCAGCGUAGUAGUUUCUUCGGGUCUUCUUUAUAUGCUACUGUUGCUUUCUUACUUUCUUUAUGAUGAGUAUCAGUAUCUGCUGCUUUUAAUUUUCUGCCGCUCUCUUAUAUUGUCUACAACAGUGAUCACCAAAAUAAAGUGCCCACUUGCUUGUAGUAAUGCAAAUUGACGAACAUCGAUUGUGAUAAGGAACUUGGAACAAUUGAGAGUAAAAUAUUGCUUAGCCAAAAAAGCGCCAAAAGAAUAAUUAACUGGGAUAUGUCCGUUCCGUUUCGAUUUUCGACAAUUUGCAUAAUUACAAACAAAUGGCGGUAACUGUAUGAACACUUUGUUUUUCUUCUAAGUCUAACCGGACGAAUCUAAUCUGUCCAAACUCUAAUUCCAUCAUCGCAAUAAAAACAAGAAAAUCAUCUUAUCACGAUCGCAUCGCUUUUCAAUGGUUCAUCGUUAAAAAGCAUGGCAAAGCCGAAGUAUAAGGUGGAUGGUUAAAUUGUCACCAGUUCCGGGCCUUUCCGUGAAAGGUCCGUGUAAACAAUCAGAGUGGCAAUUUCUAAAAAAAUCCCCUGAUCAAAUUUAGUAAACGUACAUUAGAAAAAUCUUUCACGUGUAGCUCAGUUGCAACAAUUUGCACAAUAGUUUACCCCUAUCAUUGCUUUUAACUUUUCUGAUCCUUAUUAUUUAUCUUACUUUUCUUUCGCGAGAAAAUAGCUUUAAGAUACUCACGCUUUCGAACACAUAGAAUAUUCAAAUUUUUUGGUUACAUUACUUAACAGUGCAAAAUGCUUUAUCAUUGUGCAUGGCUUCAUCAUUAUUAUGUCAUCAUCGAAUAUCCUAAUUAGACUGCUUUGGACAAAGACUGAGGAUCGUUUGGCGUAUUAGCUACCUAUUUUUCUUUCGAAUUUAUAUAAAAAGGUAUGUUUCCGGUCGCUCUGCGGGUCGUAUGUUUUUUUAAUCAUCUUCAUUUGUUAAAACCCAUCCCAAAUCGCCAAAAAUAAAAUAAAAGGUGCUCUUCUAACUCUUAACUUACAUCUACUACAAUUACAUGAAUUAAAGUGUAAAAUUGUAGUAGCAUGAUGUCCUCCCAGCAUUAAAAACUGAGAACGGAAUCGUAACGUACAAGCGAAGUGAGUGUCUUGAAGCCGUAACGGUUGUUUGCCAACGGAAAAAAGUGUGCAUAUUAAAACGUAAAAAAGUAAUGUUAAAAUGUAAAUACAGAGAAUAUUUAACCAUAAAAGGAAAAUAUUGGACAACAAUAUAAAACUAACAAAGAAAAAAUCGCAGUUGUAGAUAAUUAUUUAAUUAGUUAAAUAUGAACAUGAAACCUAACAACAGAAAAUACACAAUGAGACAAGUAACAAGUAGCGUAAAGCCUGCGCAUUAAGUAUUUAUUUUUCUACGGAGUAAAGUAAAGCGCCUAUACAUUCGUGACCCGUGCCGAAGGCUAAAACUAACAAAUUAUCGGAUACGGACUUUUCUACCUAAGUGCGCAAAAACCGCAAACUGUUACGUAUUUUAAAACGAACAAAAAAAAAACACACGCUAAAUUAUCCAAUGAUGAAAUUACCCUUCAAUAGAUACACUCUUAAUACUACACACCCAAAAAGCAGUACUAGAUUAUUAUUACAAAAGUAGGACGAAAUGCUGUUCUUAUGUAUUUGUUUGUUUUGGUUUCAUCCAUUUCUGGUAUUUCUUAAAACCACUGCAAAAACAAUAGAAAGAUAACAACAUACAUCUUCAAAUUAAAAAAGCAGAAAACAAUAAAACAAUAAAAACAGUUAAAACGCAGUACUAUUUUGAAGGAACGGGCAUAGCUCGUUUCACAGGAACAAGAAAAGGACACACCUUAUUACGUUACGGUACUUCUGUAGGUUAUCCAUUGAGGUUAGGCCGUGCUGUCGGGGCAAAAAACAACCCGAUGGCCCCGUGCACAAAGUAAGUAGUAACUGCACCGAGAGCAAAGUUACGGAAAUUGACGAAUUAUAAAGCUAAGCGGAAUAUACUACAUCUGUGAGAAGAGAACGAACUGAAAGGGAAUACGUCGCAUCAUCGGUUAGAUCGAUUAGACAAAACAUAGCCGGCACGUAUAGAAGGUUUAAGGAAAUAAAAAGGUAAUACAAGAUGUUGGUUGAUUACUGUAUUAUUAGGAUGUUAAACGAUGAUUGGCGGGAAUAUUUUUCCGCAGGGAAAGAAUUAUAAAGAGAAACAAUAAAAUUUAUUAUUGAAA